AUGUCUAUGAGAAGAAUGGAUAGGGUCAGCAAAAGAAGAAGGCCGCUACUUCAGCGUCUCCCUCCCCGUUCCUCUUCUAUAUCUGAUCCAAAUCAUAUCUUGAUAGAUAUAAGUGAGGAUAUCAUCUCGAAUGACAGCAGAAGUGUGCAGUAUGCUCCAGCCGGCUCUAUCUGCGAGACUCUUAACCUCUACCAGACGGAGCCUAGUUAUAACGGCAAUAAGUCAUGGACUAGAGAGCCUGCCGCCGGUAUCGUGGAGCCAGUAAGGGCCCCUGAGUCCGGCCAGUACGCGCUUCUUGUUCGAAAUAUCAAAUGCUCCAGUGGACACGGAAGGCUCGAAGUCGACUCGAUAGUUGUGCAGAGUGAACAUCUCAAAGGGGUCUUGGCUAGGGUCAUGGAUGGCUACCCUGGCAUUACUAUGUCCCUCGAGCGCGUAGAGUUCAGCAAGCCCUUUCAACCGUUUGUCCACCGCUGGGAAUUGUUUUCCGAAGCUAGAGACGACGAGUCGGGCGCGCAAGCUAAGGCCCACAUCGAUCUACUGUAUGGGGUCCUGGCAACCGAACUCAGCGAUAUCAUCACGAACAAGCAGAACCUUGUCCUCAACGGCAUGAUCACUUUCGACAUGCUCUGGACCAUCUUUGAACCAGGUCAAAUAGUUCUCAGUACCGUGAACGAUUGCAAGCGCGCCUUUCGUCUUGAAACGUGUUGGGUCGAUUCAGACUACGAAAUUCAAGCCGUUUACAUUGACUAUAAUGGCUACGAAAUUGGGUACAGGAAAUACACCCUCUACAUUCCAGCCUUUGAAGGCACCAAGCCUAUUAUGUCCUUGCCAAUGAUUCCCUUUAUGUUCCAUAAUGAUAAGGACAUCCUGCGCGAAAGCCUGAUCCUUCGUGGAAAGCUCUGGUAUCAGUACGAAGGCCAUCACCACAAGCAUUACCAAGGAUUAGCUUUGACAUCCUAUGGUGGUCAAGAGAUUAGGUACAAAAUAAACAGCCGAGUCAUCAUUGACACGGAGGCAUAUCUCGCGUUCCACUCGGAUAAAAAUUCAAUAAGCUUGAUAGAUAUAUCCGACUCACCCUCUGAUGAAGAUUUUCUGAUCGCAACUCCAGUUCUACGUGGUUACUCUCUCAAAGACAGAAAAUGGCUGGAACUUUGCAUCGACGGUGUAUCGGAUAUUGUCUGGAAAUCGCGACCGUUUAAAUCUCUGGUACUGCCUGACGGCGAGGCCAAAGAUCUCAAGGACCUGGUUCUUGCGCUCGCGACUUCUCAGUCAAAGAAAUCCGAUGUAUCUGACGAUUUGCUUCAAGGCAAUGGCCGCAAUGUCAUCAUGCUCCUGCAUGGUCCCCCUGGCGUUGGCAAGACUUUGACCGCCGAAUGUGUCGCCGAAGUCAUGCAUGUCCCGCUUUACGUCCAGAACGCGGGAGCGCUAGGAACAACUGCUGCGCAAAUUAAGGAGAGCCUGAGCUUUGUCCUGCGUAUGGUUCCGAAAUGGGGCGCUGUACUUCUUCUAGAGGAGGCCGAUAUUCUCACACAGAAACACAACCCCAGCGAUCCCCAGAAAAAGGCGCUAUCCCAUGUAUUCUUACCACUACUGGAAUACUUUGAGGGGAUUAUAUUUUUGGCUAGUAAUCGUGUCGAGAUCAUGGACCCUGCCUUGGAAUCCCAUAUCGAUGUUGCCAUCCACUAUCCCGAACUCGACUCGGCGUCCCGCCGCCAUAUCUGGAUCCGUUUACUCGGAAAGUCGGAUCGAAAAGCAUUCUCUGGGAGUGAGCUUUUCGAUCUGGAGGAGUACAAAUUGAACGGAAGAGAAAUCAGAAACGUGCUAAAAGCAGCCAGAGUUCUCGCCCGCUAUCAGGAAACCAAGCUCGGCUACGAACAUGUCUCAAAAGUCCUGAAGCUUAGGUACUCUGAGCGGGACGAGUAUUGA